GAACAUGGAGAAUACCGGCUGCUGAUCGAUGAGAAGCUGGAGGCCGCAGCUCGCUGGAAGAAAGACUUGCGGAUACAAGCCAAGUGGGAUCGUUACAUGCUGUGCAACGGGAGCCCGGAUCCCACAAUACCUCAGGAGAUCAACACAUUUAUGAGUCUAUGGAGCGAGGAGACCAAUGAGGACUUUCAGUCCAUACUCAACAAGAGCAGCCUGGUCCUAAGUCUGAUUGAAGAGCUGGAGUUUCUCCUCCUUUCCACCCCCUCCGAGGAGCUGCCGGAGAACACGGCGGUGCAUUAUACGCAGACUGUCCGCCAGCUUCAGACGCUUCUCCAACACAAGUUCGAUGAGGCCACUGAACAUCUUCUGAAGAACGCAGCAGCGCUGUCUGACAUUGACACUGGGAAUAUGCAGAAAAUCAUCAAGGAUAAGAACGUAACACUUUGUAUCUGGGCUAAUCUCAACAAGAACCCCAGAUUUAAAGGCUUUGACUUUGAGGAGGAAGCCAUCUCUUUUGAUUUGCCGAAACCGCUAGCACUGAGCGGCAUCUCUGUCCGCAUCCUACACACGGUCUACGACCACCUGUCCUGCCAAAGCCCGACGUUCCUGCUACACCACAGGAAGGCCCAGGAACACCAUGCUGACACCAUCGUCCUGGAGAGCGCCGCUGAUGACUGGAACCCAGCGGAGGAAGAGGAAAAGCCAGCGGAGAGUGUCGCUGUGGCGGAGGAGGAGGUGAAGUCAGAGGAGAGAAAGAGCGUCGUCAGCUCCCUGUCAUCCAGAGACGAGGCGCGCAGCGUUAAUGAGCCCCAGGAGAAGGCCGCGGAUACGGCCAGGAAGGAGACGGAGAGUAACCCUGGGGACGCGACAGAAGGUGACUCACCGCCCCCUUUACCAAGUGAGGACCACCCAGGGGACAUCCUAGAGGAUGACAUUGUGGAUCUGCGGCAGUUCUCCAGUUUGGGCGGAGUCUACUAUUUUGACGUUCUCGUGCUGCCGCCUCAGUGUAAGCAGGUGAACGGCUGGACCAUGCUGCAGCUAGUAGCAGGUGGUCUGCAGAAAUACCCCUACCCCCCAGAGCUGUCACUCAACUCCAGUCUGAGGGUAUCGCACCAAGAGAAGGACACGGAUGGUCUGAGCCCUCCCCUGGUUGCUGUCUCCCUUAAAGUAACUCAUGACGUGAUCUUUUUUGAAGAACCUCAAGUGGCAAGAUGGGACCCAGAAAUCAAAAACUGGAAAACAGACCUGAUCACAAGCAAAAAAUACAACACGGAACUGCGAGAGUUGUCAUUCAAGAUGGACGCCUUCCACGUGUUCACGUUACUUCAGGACUCCCACCUUAACAUGCCGUACGAGUCCUGGGAACUGACACCCACCGGGCCGAACCAGGUAUCCUUCACAAUCGCCUGCGCCUUCACGGACAUCCUGAUCGAGAUCAAGGACGACCAGUGCAGACUGACCUCAGCGUCUAACACAGACAGUGACCUGUCCGCCGUCAUCGGGAGGUGGAUGACCCCUCUGCGCCUCCAGGCUGCGAUGAGAAGAACCGGACUGAACGUCUUUCCUGCUGAAGACUCCGGGAAAUAUGUCAGUGUGAAUAAGAAGGAUGAAGAAGCUGAGAGAAUGACGUACAAGGAGAUGGCGCUCCUGUCUCAGGCCUUCACCUUCGGCUGGAGCAAAUGGAACCAGUCCUGUGGCUGCGAGCAGAUCAUUGUCAAGGUGAAGGAACAAUCUGACCCUCCUGCUGAGAAUGACUGGUCCCUCUACAUGCUGAGCACACAGAGGACCCAGCGUCUGAAGGUCUCAGAAUCCAGCGAGGAGUUCUCCGAGGAGCUUUACGAUGGCAGCGAGUUCCAUUCCACGCUGUAUCACAUGAUCAAAGACUACUGUAGCCCCGAAGCCACGGAGAGGCUGAAACACUGCCACCAUCUGUUCGUGGACUGCGCCUACCAGCUGCUAGACAUGACCAGGGUGCUGACAUACUCAUAAACACAACUUUAUUCAGGAAUAAAUAGCACAUAUCCAUCCACAUUCAGGCAGAGAACCGCAGCGCAAAACCGGUUACAUAGUCGCAGCGGAGACACGGUCCUACUCUAACAUUCUCUCUUCAUUUAUACUAUAGUUUAUUCAUCCCGGUAUCCAUUCAUCACCGACAUCUUCUCCUCUCGAUCACUGGUGACUGUAUAGAUUUUUAUUAAAUGCAAAUAAAAAUAUUAAAACCUGA